UAUGAGUGAUUAAAAUUAGAAGGCUGAAAGUCAAGAAAACUCUAGUUAGCUAUCUUCUUAGGAUGAAUAACAAUAGAAAACUAUAAAGCCAGCUGAAUUAGUAGCUAUUCCAAAAGUGUAUGCGCAAUCCCUAAAUAAUGAAUAACCAUCAACAAGAGAAGAAAGGAAAAUCAAACAAUAUUUAUAACGCAUAUAAGAAUAAGAGCGUAUUGAGGACGUAUGUUUCUUUUAAAUUUAGAUUUACAAAGGUUGCCACUUUAAAAAAGAAGCGCAUAAAAGUAAUAUAUCAUAUGUAUAUAUAAUUAUUAGCCAAACCCGCCAUAAAAAUCACAGGAUAAUUUAGAAUUGCCAAUAAGUGCAGAAAAUGGUGAAAAUGGGGAUGAUGAAGGAAUGUAUAGUAUAUUUCUUUUUAUUAGUUUAUUGAUCCCUCCAGCAAUUCAAUUAAAUCCAUAGGUGUUAUAAACUGAGUAAUAAUCUGAAAUCUAAACUCAACAAUUAAAGAUGAGAUUAAACCCUAAACUAAAAAUAAAGGUAUUGUUCAAUAUAGAGAAUAGGAAAAACAUCAUGUGUACAUUUAUUUAGCAAAUUGCCAAGAUCAAAGCUUAGAGAAUAUUUAAGAAUUAUCAUCAAAAGCAACUUAAUUUUAUUCACCUUAAAAACAACUGAAAGACCAAUCAAGUUUAAAUUAAAUAAAUCAAGAGAUAUUUUAGGAAACAACUAUCAUAAUUAAAAAUAUCAAAAAUUAAUAUUAAUAAUACAUUGAUUAAGGCCCUAAUGGAAAUUAAACAGAUUAAAGGGAUUUCUUUAUCAAAUAUUUAGAUAAGAAAUAUAUUGAAUCUGUACUAAGAGAUAGUAAAAUGCAAAUAUAAAGAAAAUAAACAAAUGAUAAGUAAUUAUAAAAUGGAAAACAAAUCCAAAAAAAAUAUUGA